GCUCAGCCUGGAGCCUGGACCGGCCGCCACGGCAGUCUCCACCCCGGAUACCACACUCCAACCCCCCGGCUUAUAUAAAGGUAGCAAGAUUAGUAGGCCGUCCCCGGGCUACCGAUUUUUCUUGUUGAUGGUUAGACUCUGCGAGAGGAGGAUGAAGUUCCUUGUAGCUGUCACAGUCAUCGUGGGAUCGCUGAUUUUUUUGGCUUUCCCCAAUGGCUCAUCUGCGGACGAGAAGAAGAAGGGCCCCAAAGUGACGGCGAAGGUGUACUUUGACAUGAGAAUUGGAGAUGAAGACGUUGGAAGAAUCGUCAUCGGGUUGUUUGGGAAAACUGUUCCCAAAACAGUCGACAACUUUGUGGCUCUGGCGACAGGAGAGAAAGGAUUCGGGUACAAGGGCAGCAAAUUCCACAGAGUCAUCAAGGAGUUCAUGAUCCAGGGUGGAGACUUCACCAGGGGAGACGGCACUGGAGGCAAGAGCAUCUAUGGAGACCGUUUCCCUGACGAGAACUUCAAGCUGAAGCACUACAGCCCUGGCUGGCUCAGCAUGGCAAACGCUGGCAAAGACACCAACGGCUCUCAGUUUUUCAUCACCACCGUUCAGACUCCAUGGCUGGACGGCAAACACGUCGUCUUUGGGAAGGUUCUGGAGGGGAUGGAGGUGGUGAAGAAGAUCGAGAGCACAAAGACAGACGGCCGCGACAAGCCUCUCAAGGACGUCACAAUCCACGAUUGUGGCAAAAUCGAAGUAGAGAAGCCAUUUGCAGUUGCCAAGGAGUAGAGUGCUGCUGCGGGCAGAACAGGGGGAAAAAGGACUGGGGGCUGUUGAGGUUUGGGUGGGUGGGGGGUAUCAUGCAGGCGACCAUGUUUUUAUCACUAACGGCCCUGUGGUCCUGGAGAAGGGGCUUCGGGUCAUUCAGUGGCGGUGGCUGCCGUCUCAAAGCACCAGAAGAGUAUUACCAUCGAGUAAUCAUGACCAUGACGACACUCUGGGUCCAUUUACCAACGAGCAUUCCAAGGUGCACUUAACUUGACGUUGUGGUUUUUUUGGUUUUUUUUUGUUUUGUUUUUUUUUUUGAUUUUUUUUUUUGUAAAAAAAAAAAAAGAAGAAAGAAAUCUGAAAUAAAGGUUUCAAGUUUUGUUAAAUUGUUUGAUUGAAGUACACCUAUGUGCCACAAUCAUGAUGCAAAAUCAAGGUUUGAAUCUUAAGAGCUUCUUCUGACUUAACCUCUUUUUACUGUGAAAGAGUUUCAGCUGUUGUAAUUAUUAAUGCUUGGUAUAUGUACUAAUGAUGUUGGACCAAAAUCCUGACUCACAGUCUCCGUUCCAGUUCACCCCAAAGGUGUUGGAUGGGGUUGAGGUCAGGGCUCUGUGUGGGCCAGUCAAGUUCUUCCA